UUGACACACAAGUGAUUUAUGAGAUAGUGGUUAUGAAGGAGACUUUUUUGUGGACCAGUGCUAAUAGGUAAACAGUGGUUUUAUUGGCAGUUUGUGAAGUUGUUUGUGUGUGAGAGAUUGGUCUCUCUAUUUCUCUCUCCACAUAGUGAGUUACCCUCCAAAGAAAGCUUAUCUGUUUCUCGAACUGACCACAAAGGGAUGGCUUUGGAGGCUGCUUUCUCCAUGAGUUUUUGCUCCUUCCCUGUCCCUAAAGCAAUCCCCUUUGAGAGAGAAACUUCAUCUUUUCAACGAAUCACCUCAAGAGUAAAGGGAAUUGCGGGUGAGGGUGAAGUUCAAAGCUUUGUCGAACCCGAGAAAAGGAUAAGCUUUGAUGGAGUUGAGACCAAAGUGAAGGAAACUGCUCACAAAAUGUUUGUUAAAACCGCUAAAAGAAACUUAGAUGGUUCGAAUGGUGGCAGAUUAAAAGCCAGAGAACUUUCUUACCGCAGGGGAAACGAGAAAAACACCAAUCCAGGUUCGGUAGUUAGAAAAGAUACUACUUUACAACAUAUCUCGCCUUCUGGUCAGUCGACAAAGGUUAGAAGAGAUAAGCCAGAGAUUUCAGGUGAGAAGAAAGCUAUUGCAGAUAGAAGCAAAGCCUACGUAAAGCUGAAAUCUUUAGAGAAAGAAGUGAGAGAUGCAGGCUAUGUACCAGACACAAAGUAUGUUCUUCAUGAUAUCGACGAAGAAGCUAAAGAGAAAGCAUUGAUGCAUCACAGUGAACGUUUAGCUAUCGCUUUCGGUCUUAUAAACACGUCUCCAGGCACUACUAUAAGGGUGAUGAAGAAUCUGAGGAUAUGCGGAGAUUGCCAUAACUUCAUAAAGAUAUUAUCGAGUAUUGAAGAUAGAGAGAUCAUUGUAAGAGAUAACAAGAGGUUUCAUCAUUUUAGAGAUGGUAGCUGUUCUUGUGGGGAUUAUUGGUAGAAUUUUGUAUGAAAAGAUUGUUAAUUUCAACCAUAUUCAUUAUACUAAUUUUA